CGUAUACAUAACAGUUUUAGUUCCCAUGUUGUUCGUUCAAUUAAACCAAGAGAUAUACUAUAUAUAAUGCCGAAAAUUAAUUUAAAUAUCAAAUAUUAUCUUCAAUUUUGUUUUCUAUACUACUUCACUAAAAGUAGUUUCUAGUUUCAAACAUCUGAUCGAGUUUUAAUCGAUACAGUUUACAGUCCUACAACGAGAUAACCACCAAGAAGGGAACAGCAGUUUAUUUUUCUUUGAAUCAAUUGACUAAAAAGUGUAAUCAGAACAUAACUUAAAAUUUUUCUAAUUAUGAGUGAGACUAUGGACCGACCCGAAGAUGCUCCUGAACACUGUCCUGGAACUCAAAGUGAUUCAGCAGGAAAGUCUUCUGCCUGUGCAGGGUGUCCUAAUCAAUCUAUUUGUGCCUCUGGUGUGGCCAGAGGUCCUGAUGUUGGUGCUGAAAUGGUCAAAGCUAAAAUGUCGUUUGUUAAACACAAGAUUUUUAUACUCUCAGGAAAAGGAGGUGUUGGCAAAAGUACUGUCACUUCACUGUUAGGUAGAGCUUUGGCAGCCAGAUUCCCAGAGAAAAAUAUUGGAAUUGUUGAUAUAGACAUAUGUGGGCCUUCAAUGCCGAGAAUAAUGGGUCUUCUCAAUGAACAGGUUCAUCAGAGCGGUUCAGGAUGGUGUCCUGUGUAUGUUGAAGAAAAUUUGGCUGUGAUGUCGAUUGGAUUUCUUUUAUCUUCACCUGACGACUCAGUGAUUUGGAGAGGACCGAAAAAAAACAAUAUGAUACGUCAGUUUUUGUCUGAAACUGACUGGGGAGAAGAUGGUCUGGAUUUUAUGUUAUUAGAUGCUCCUCCUGGGACUUCUGAUGAGCACUUAGCAUCAACCGGCUAUCUCAAGCCUACGGGUAACACAAGUGCUAUAAUUGUUACUACUCCUCCAGAGUUGGCUCUUCUUGAUGUCCGUAAGGAAAUAGAUUUUUGUCGGAAAGUAGGCUUAAAUAUUUUAGGGGUCGUUGAGAAUAUGUCUCCAUUUGUGUGCCCUAAAUGUCAUGUAGCAUCUGAUAUAUUUCCAAAAAACACUGGCGGUGGAGAAAAAAUGUGUAAAGAAAUGGAAGUUCCAUAUCUUGGUCGUCUUCCUUUAGAUCCAAUGCUUGGUAAAGCUUGUGAUGAAGGUGUCAGCAUCAUAGAUAAAUUGCCUGCAAUAAACCCAAUUGUAGAGAAUAUCAUUCUGCAGUUGGAAUCAGCCUAAAUCACAUCAAGUACAUCUAUAAAGAAUUACACACAUGAUUCAAAAGUUAAUUUUAUACAGAUUUUAUAUUCCGUUGCUGUAAAUACUUUCAAUAAAUUACAUAUUUUAAUUUUUUAUGCUAACAUUUAAUU